GCCUGGACGCAGACUAGCAAGCUGUCAGGGAGAACUCUGAGAUCCUGCAGGUGACACCAUGACCUCAGAAGCCAGUGGGGUCUCCCCAGGGUGCUGCCCAAUGGUAAAUAAUAUACCAUAUGUGCCCUGAAUUCUCUUUCUAAAGGAUUAAAAAUUCUGAAUUCCUACGCACAUCUAGAUCCCAGGAAUUAGAGAAUUCGUUCUGGAGGCUGGAGUCCAAGAUGAAGGUGCUGGCAGAGGGUGAAAAUUUUCUUGAGGAUGUCAUUGAGUAUUUCCGGAACACGGAGAGCAGAGAGGAACUGCAGGACCUGCUGACUGAUGAGAAAGCCUGGGAGCAACUUGUGGCUGAAGCCAAUUUGUCCAGGGAGGAGGCAGAUGCGCUGCCUGAAGGUCUGAACAAGCUGCACACAGACCAACUGGACAGGGAGAAGUUUCUGAACGAGUUUCCUCGGGUGAAACAGGAGCUUGAGGAGCGCAUCGGAAAGCUCCACGCGCUUGCAGACAAGGUUGACAAGGUACACAGGGACUGCACCAUCUCCAACGUGGUGGCCAACUCCACUGGCGCUGUGGCUGGCAUCCUCACCAUCCUUGGCCUGGCUCUGGCACCCGUGACAGCAGGGGUCAGUCUGGCACUCUCGGCAACUGGGAUGGGGCUGGGAGCCGCAGCUGCUGUGACCAGUGUGUCCACCAGCAUCGUGGAAUAUUCAACCAACUCGUCAGCAGAAGCUGAAGCCAGUCGCCUGGCAUUAUUUGACAGCAAUAAAGGGGAGAUAGUUAAGGAAACUCUACGUCACGGCGCACCCGACAUUGUUUCCAUAUCAAAGAAUUUCAUCGAAGUCGUGGAAAAUAUUGGGAAGAACAUCAGGGCUAUCAAGGUAGUCAAAACCAAACCUCACUUGGUAGACCACGCCAACCGCCUCAUGACUGUUGGGAAGAUCUCAGGCCGAAGGGACAAGCAGGUGAAGAAAGCUUUUGGACGUACUGUUCUGGCAAUGACCAAAGAAGCCCGGGCCACAAGUGUGGCCACCGUGGGUGUCUCCCUUCUGAUGGAUGUGAUCAGCCUUGUCCAAGAUUCAGUGCAUUUGCAUAAAGGGGCAAAGGCAAACACAGCUGAAGAGCUGAGGCAGCAGGCUCGGGAGCUGGAGGGGAAGUUGGAGGAGCUCACCCAGAUCCAUGAGAGGCUGCAGUAGGGCCUCAUUCCGUGACCCCAGGGCAGUGCAGGAAGCAGGGGCAUGUGCUGGACAAAGGCAUGGAGGUACCUUGUUAGAGGGAAAAAUGGGGCAAGAUAAACUUGAAGGGACUGGGUGUUAAGAAGUUUGGCAUUUCUGUAGCUGAGCACAGCAGGGAGGGGUUAAUGCAGAUGGCAGGUGGGUCAGAGAGAAGGAAGGAGCGCAGAGCCUGGAAUAAGGGAGGAGAGGGGAUAGGGAGUGAGGGGAGUAGGGAGAGACCUUCGACUUUGCACUAAAGAAGACACUGGGGGCAUGGAUAGAGAGAGAGCUGUGGGGGAAGAAGCAAUGAGAAGGCUAAGAAUACCAGAGCUGGAAUCAAGAGCAAGCUAGAGCGUUAGAAUUGUUGGAAUUUGGAGAAGCAGCCCGGCUCCCCUAUUGACCCUCCCCGUGCUUUGACCUCCCGGCAAGAAUGCAGUCUUUCCCUGUGGUGGUCUUCAGCCCUGCCUUUUCGUGACCAACCCAGCUUUGUCUUCCAGCGCGUUCAUCUUAGUUAUGUUAAGGCUCUUGACACCAGCCCUGAUAGCAGUUUCCCUACGCUGAACCCAGCAUAUAUGGGGUUGAAACUAAAAGCCACCACCCCCGUUCCUGCUUCUGUAGCUCAUCUCACAUGUAAAUACCUGUUCCCUUAACCUUUGCCUCCUUGAGCUCUACGACCAAACAGGAGUUACAAGUUGCUAAAGCCCAGGUGGCCUGGAGUUGGAGGCACAGGAAAGUUUAGCUAACCAUGUGUCCUUGAAGUUUGCCAAGAAAACUGCUGUCUCAAGAAUAUCAAAGAGUGGAGGCUUCCCAGACCUCAGCUCCUCGACUCUCGACGCUCACUCGAACCCACCUCAAUCUGGAAGACAAGAAGGAGAAGGAUGCCCACCUGCCAUCCUCCUAACCCACCAUCCCAUCUCCCCCUGACCCCCAUCUCCCCUCCCCCGCUCUGCCUCCUGCGCCCCGCCUCACUACAAGCAGCCUCUCAAGGCCAAAGGCAGGCUGAUGAGAAAACGCUGGCCCGCACAGCUACAUGCGCCUCCUCCCCUUCCCAAAACCCCAAAUAAAAAUCCCUACUUGUUCCUUAUUGGGGAGCUAGCAAUUUUAAGAUGUGAGCCCUUGCUUUACUCCCUGUGCUUGGCAUAGUAAAGGCUUUCCUCUUCCACUCAA